ACUUUGGCCUGUCGGGAAGGUCAGGAUUUCUCCGCCCACAAGGUGGUUCUUUCAGCAUGCAGCCCGUAUUUUCGCGUCCUUUUAAACAAAAUUCCCUGUCAGCAUCCCGUUAUCUUUCUAAAAGAUGUUCGACCUGAAGAAAUGGAAGCACUGUUGCAGUUUAUGUAUACGGGUCAAACCAGCAUCUGCCAGAAUAAACUUGCUGUUCUACUGCAAGCAGCAGCUGCCCUUCAGAUCAAAGGAUUGGCGGAGGUUUCUGGACUCUCCUACGACGAUUUGGAACGUGGGGAUGUGGGAACUACGGAAACAGCCACGUGUACUCAGCAAGUUGUCGGUGAAGCGCGGAAUACGGGGCGUAAACCAGUUCCUCUGAAGAACGACACCACCAGGAGGGAUGGUUCCAGUGAACCGACAACGAAAAAGAGGAAACAACUUCCGGUUUUGCAGGCCAUCACUACGAACGAACAAAAGCCGAUGCAUGGAAAUGGAAUCUCGGCUGACUUGACUCCAGAACCGAAGGACUACUCGGUGAGCACACGUGCGUAUGAAAGUGACCGCGCAGAAAAUUGCGAUGGGGAUGAACUAAGCAGUAUCAGGGAUUUGGCAGCCAAGGAGAACAUUGACUCCAAUAUUCCUUCGGUGAAAUCCGAAGCCUUGGACGACUACGACGAUGACAUGGAAGAGGAAGAAGGUCGAAUCAUGUUCCCGAAUGGAUACGAAACAAAUGUUCGCAGUCCUGGGGGUACUUUCCAGUACCAUGGUAUUUCCACGGGCGGAAAAUCUCCUCUAUUGCCCUUGGAUCCUUCCACGCUUUCGUCUGGUGAUUCUUCUUUGUCCGCUGCGGCGAAGCUUCAGGAGGUAGCGUCUCGUGUUUGCUCAGGGUCUGCUGGACUGGGUGAGGGUCAAGGAGGACGCUCAAUCGGCGUCUUAUCCGCCGCGCUUAAAUCCGAAUCGUCGUCCGACGACUCGAACACUCCUCGGAAACUGGCCUUUCACGAACCGCGCCCUUGUCCGGUGUGUAAACGAAUUUAUCGGGACGCCGCGACGCUGAGGACGCACACAGCCAUCAUGCACACGGAAGGAACGACGCCGUUUUUCUGCUCUUGCGGGUCGCCCUUUCGAACCAAGUACGAGAUGUACGUGCACAAGAAGAAUGGACACCGGCCCAACUCCGGCAAUGAGGGAGACACGAACGGAACGCAGGGCAAUUUUGACAGCCCUAUUUUUGCCGCCAACUGAGGUCAAAUGGCCGGGAAAUUGAUUUCCAUUUGAUGGAACAUCUUUGAAGCGUACACGGGUUUUAAAUUGGUCAACAAAGACUGCCUGGACCUGUUCACGAAAAGGAGUUGAACUUUUGUUCAACGGAGACGUCACGCCCUUUUUUUCUUUCUUAAAAAGUAGAAAUUAUGUCUGAGUAAAACUUAUUUUACUCUAAAACGCGUCAAAAGCAAAUCUAAAAAAGUAAAAAUUUGCCUAAAAGGAUUUUUAGGCGUUGCGAGGAAUCUUGCAAAAUUUUUUUACGAGUCGUCGAUGGAACGAUCGAUUGCGGGAGGGCUGGUUCAUUAGUUCUGUGUUUCUUCUGUUCCUAAUAUUAGUGAAGUAACACGUGAGCAUUUCCACGCCGAUUUUCUACGAGGUCUGAUUGAAGGAAGUGGAGAGUUCGAAGUUUUGCUCCAUCAUGGUGACCCAACAAGGUUUAUCCUUCGUAUUUUUGUUCAUUUAAGGUUUUUUUCCACCAAAUCUUUCGAAUGUUUGAAAACUUCUUUAGUGAAUAUUCUUAGAUCUAUUAGCCAGUCCGUCUAAAAACAAUUUUUGUACUUCAAUCUUGAAAAUUUUCUUGAUGAUGUUGGUUCCUUAUAAUUUGAAUUGGUGAUCGCGAUGUUGUCCAAUUCGAACCAACAAAAGAUAAUUCUCAGUUUGCAAAUGAUUAGAGGUGUAUCUCAAGUAGUACCGUGAACGCAUUGGUUUGGAAGACUCGGAAACUGUAGUACAGUACCCGAACAAAUUUAUUGCAACGGAUCAAGGAAACAUUUGAAUCAUUUCUAGUUUGAAAAAAUAUAUAUAGAAUUGUCGUUAAUCGUUAAGCAUGGCUGCGAUAUUUUUUAAAGUGGGAUCAGUUUUUCCCCCCUGUUAUGAUUUUAACUUCCUGUCGCUUUCAAGUUUGCGAAAAUCUUGCUCAGUGAAAGUUCUCAUCGUGCCUAAACCUGGUUGUGCAGCAGUGGCUGAAGGAAUGUGCUAGUAUUUGUAUUUUGGAGGACAACUGAUUGUAUGGUGAAAGACGAUUGCUGUUUUCGAGAAUCCCACUUUUUUAUAUUCUUGUGACCCGACGGGCCGAUAGUGUUGCAAGCCAUUUGCUUAAAGUUUUGAUUUCAACAUGGCAUUCUUCGGAACCGAGAUACUCGCGUCAGGCAUUCCUUUUUCAAGUUUUCUUCUCAUUGGUGAGAUCUGAAAUGAAGAUAGGUUUGUGAGUGUAUAUACUGUAUUUGGACUGUAGGCUGUUACACAUUCCUCCUCUUAUAGGUGUCGCAUGACAUUUUCUACCACCGUCAUUCAAUAAGUUAUUUACAACUGAAGAAAUGCACGGUACAGUACCAGGAAAAGCUGUAGUAAAGUACAUCAAUUGGCAAUUCACUACUGUUAUUUGGUACUGUUCUGUAGACCUCAUUUAUGGUUACUGUGCUUGGUUUUUUUCUAGCAGUCAAUAUCAGCGGGGUUUCUCUGAACUUCGAAUGAGAUUGACAGCCCAUUUCGCACUUGAAAUAUGAGAAGUAAUUCACCUGAAUGCUAGAUUUUAUAUUUCGAGAUGACAUUUCUUGCGCAUGCUGGAUAGUUGAACUAGGAUCUUGACUUGGAAAUGUUCUGUCAUUUUCUAAGUAUUUUUUCAUCUUUUGACAAGUAUAGUAAAGCGCUCACAAAUGUUUGCAACAAAACGUCAAGUUCACUUGAAAAACUUGACAUUUUUGUACUGGAAAAAAAUAAAAAUACAUUUCCAGCUCGAAAAAACA